AGUAUAAGGAUAAGGAUAUAUGGUGCGACGGCGGCCUGCAUGAGACAAGUCUUGCGCACAGACCUCGGACACGGCAGCGACUCAAAUCAACAGUCCCUAACGAACUUAUAAGGAUUUGAAUAUGUCGACAAAUGCGUCGAUGCAGCCAACUGCUGAGACCGUUGAAGGUCCCCUGCACGUUCCCGCCAUUGCCAGCGUCUACCUCGUGGUCGGACUGCUUCUUGCCGUGGCUGUGGUCGCCAUUUGGUACUGCCACAAGCAAAUAGUUGAGUCGCGGCGCAUUCGCGACAGUGGUGAACAUCAGCCGAGGAGACGACGACGCCCACGACGCAUGAGCGAUUCUCAAGUGGAAUCUGUCAACCAGCAAUGGUUUGACCAAUAUUCCGGGAAUCGCCUCGGCUGUCCGCCCCAGGAAGACAUAGAUCCAACUUGUUCCGUACCGAAGGACGAAAGACAUGUACGAUUUAGUGCAACACCUAAUAAAAUAUUCAACAUAGAAAGUCGUCAGCAGACAAAAAAACUUGUAAAACUAGGUAAAAGGACAGGUUUUAGAAACGCAGUUAGUUACGUGUCUACGACUCCUUUGGUUUGUACCCCGUGUAGAAGCUCGCUCACCACGGUCAGUAGACUAGUCCCCCAUUUGACCUUGUCACCUCAGAGUGUGACGGAAGGGGUAGAAGGCUCAACUUGGCAGGGGAACUCAUCUAGGUCCAACGACUCGUUCUGUGCCACGGGAGAAGAGGAAACUGGGCGCACUAAUGUCGUUGGACUACCGGAUAACGGCAAGGGAACUCCUGAAGAUGGAAUGACAUCUAAAUGAUGAUUGAAAAUCGUAGGCUUUGCAUUGUACGAUAGAAAUCGCCUAACAAACGCAUACUAGUUUGUAUAUAUCAAUCAACUUUUUUCAUUUUAUUUUACAAA